AUGUCGACAAAAAAGCUACCUUCUUUAACAAAACUGAAUGAGAAGGUGUAUAGCAUCACGAAUCUAUCUAUAGCUCACAUAGGAGAUGCUGCGAAGCCGGGUGACAAACUGAGUGGGGCAACAGGGAGUUUGCUUAGUUUACGAGAGCCGAAAACUGAAUCUAAAAGCGCAAUACCACCACAACCACCGACACUUCAAAGCAGGAUCAUUGAUAUUGUCACCUUACCUCUCACAAUCUUCGUAUCCCUCUUUGCGUAUUGCCCUUUCUGCGUUGCUGUCGUCUUCCAAUCCGCAGUCACACGCCGAGCGGUCGACACAGACAAUUACAAGAAUGAGAUGAAACCAUGGGCAUGGGGUGUUGGGCUCUUUGUAUUUUUCGCCCUUCUCGUCUACCCAGCUGGCGUCAGUACAGUCAUGGACAGCUUGAUUGAUCGCGGAUGGAGAGUAGGAGUUGUCGUUGCCUUAUUUUUGGUGAUGAUCGGCGCCGUUCAGGUCUUGACGAUCCUCUACGCAUUCCUCAAGCCGGGAUUGGGAAUGGUUAGCAUCCCUGCUGAAUCGCGCAUUAAUCUCUUCCACUGGAGAAAUACCCUUCCUCUUCUUGCGCCCAUCAUUGAAUUUAUCCAAUUCACAUCUUUUGCAUUUCGCACUUCGACGGAUACGUGGCUUUGCACUUCUUCCCUUGGAACUGCUGUCAGGGCCUUUGUUCGCAUAUCAAGCUUCAGGUUCGAGGACGUCACUUGCAAAGGUAUCUAUGAGAUGAAGGGACCUAGCCUCUUCUACGCCGCGACCGGCUCUGCAUUCGCUGUUUGUUGCCUGUAUGCCAUAUUGCUGGGAUAUGCCAUUGCAAAGUUUUUGCAGCCUGGGCAUUGGCUGUGCACGAUAGUUUUUGAGCUUUUUGCGGGGAUUGCAUACCUACCUGUGGUAAGCAAACUCUUAUCGGUCUUGGAUUGUAGAACAAAGAUUUCAGAGACAGGGCAACGCAACAUGUAUCUCUAUUAUGCGGAACCCGAAGCACCAUCCGUUGAUGUACCCUGUUGGACAGGCGAACACGAAAAGUAUGGCGCCAUGGCCUUUGCCGGUCUAUUAAUUUUUGGACUAUCGGCCAUUUUUGUCGGUUCUUACAAAGCGGACAAGCACGUUCGACGAUCUUCUGUAACAUUUAUUCCCCGCAUUGUUGUCAUCAAACGUACCAUCAAUUCGGCAUUCUUGGCAGUGAAUCUCCUCAUUGGGUACACAUCGACAUCGCGGACAACCUAUACGCACGGUACACAGGCCACUGGCCUACUCACACUCUGCACCCUUCUCUUUUUGGACGUGUACUACAACUCUUGUACUUUCCACAAGCUCCGAAUAUUGACGUUUGGGGCGCAUUUGGCUGGCCUGUGGUCCUACAUAUCAACCAUUAUUGCGGAUCGUGAUGGGUUGGAAGACUGGGGGUCCCAAGUGACACUCUUUCUUGGAUGGGGAGUAAUUGGGAUGAGUGUUUGUGGCUGGUUGUUGGUUGGAUGGUGGCAAAAGAAAAAGAGCAAGCACCAAGAGAUGCAAGACAAGCUGAAAAAGGCAGAGAAUGAAAAGGAGCAAACAUCGAACGUCUUCAAAGUAGUGACCAUGCGAAGACGCGUAAAGGUUGACGUUGGCGGCGAGUGUGAUGAUGAGGAUGAGGUUAUUGCUAGGGCCAUCUAUGGCCCGGGAGAGAAACGACGACCCAUUCCAAAUGGAGCGUUGGUCCUUGUCCAUCCCACUCAAGAGAUGGCUUCUGCUUGA